AUGGCAUCUUCUGCUUCUUCUUCCCAAGUUCCUUGUGGCAAACAUGAUGUUUUUAUCAGCUUUAGAGGACCAGACAUCAGAUCUGAUUUUCUCAGCCAUUUGAAAAGGGCAUUGCGUCAAAAGAACGUAGAUGUCUAUGUUGAUGAUAGGCUCGAGAGAGGAGAAGAAAUAUGGUCAGUACUUGUGAAUGCAAUAGAAGGAUCCAUGAUUGCUUUGGUUAUAUUCUCCGACAAUUAUGCUUCUUCAGAGUGGUGCUUGGAAGAGCUAGUGAAAAUCGUGGAAUGUAAAAAAGCUAAUCAACAGAUUGUGAUACCAAUAUUUUACCGUGUGGAUCCAUCACAUGUCAGGCAUCAAACACACACUUAUGCAGAAGCAUUUACUCAUCAUGAGCAAAGGUUCCCGGACAACAUGGACAAUUUGGAAAAUUGGAGAUCUGUUUUGAAAGAAACUGCUCACUUAUCCGGUUAUCAUUCAUCAAAUUUUCAAGAUGAAUCUGAACUCAUCAAUGCAAUAGUUGAAGAUGUCUUUAAAAAAUUAGAAGUUAACACUCAAAUUGUGCCAAGAUCUCAGCUCAUUGGAUUUCAUCAAAAUUUCACUAAUGUUGAAUCAUUAAUGAAAAUUGAGUCACCAGAAGUUCGAGUUCUCGGAAUUUGGGGCCCAGGAGGGAUAGGCAAAACAACCCUUGCUUCUGCUAUAUUUGACAACUUCUUGUCUAAAUUUGAAAGUCACUGUUUCUUAGAAAAUGUGAGAGAAGAAUCAACAAAGAUUGGGUUAAGCUCUUUGCGUCAAAAACUUCUUUCCAAGCUAUUAGAUCAAAAAGAUUACAUAAAUAUGAAUCACACAAUGAGAAGGUUGAAACAAAAAAAAGUGCUAAUUGUAAUUGAUGAUGUAGACAAUCCAAAGCAACUAAAAGAUUUGGCUGGACAACAACUUCACUUGGGACAGGGAAGCAGAGUCAUUGUAACAAGUAGAGACAAGCAUGUUCUUAGAAGUGGAGGGAUUCAUGAAAAAUAUAUACAUGAAGUCAGAGAAUUGAGUAGAAAAGAAUCACUUGAACUUUUCAGUAUGCAUGCCUUCAAUCAAAAUCAUCCUAUUCAAGGAUAUGAAGAGCUAUCAAAUUUGACAGCUGCCUUGGUUGGAGGCAUUCCUUUAGCUUUAGAAGUUCUGGGUUCCCAUUUUCAUUCUAGGGAUGAAGCAUAUUGGAAAAGUGAGCUUAGCAAACUCCAAAAGUAUCCCCAUCAGGAUAUUCAAAAUAUAUUGAAGGUGAAGUUAUUCCUCAACUAG